AUGAGCUCCCAGACCCCACCCACACUCCAGGAGCUGGCAAGGCUGAGCCUGAUGAGGGAUGAGGCCUUAUUCAUCUCUGCCCUGAAAGACCUGCCUUUAGUGCACUUUCCACCACUUUUCAAAGAGGUUUUCAACCAGACACGGACUGAGAUCCUGAGAGUCAUGGUUCAGGAGUGGCCCUUCCCCUGCCUCCCUUUGGGGGCCCUGAUGAAGGACUGGAAAACACCUGAUUGGAGAUUACACACUAUCCUGGGAGCGAUUGACAUGGUGCUUCUCCAGAAGGUUCACCCCAGGAGGUACAAACUGGAAUUACUGGACUUAAGGACCUUGGAUUCAGACUUCUGGGAUACUUGGUAUGGAGCCACAGCUAUGGGCUGGUCAUCAUGGAGGAGAUCUGAGACUCGAGCAGCUGCAUGCCGUUCCAGGACAGGGUUGAAGUGGCCCUUCAAGGUGGUGAUAGAUCUGGACCUCACAACAAACCUGAGUAGGCUUACAACCUAUAUCUUUGAGUGGGUGGAUCAGAGGAAAGCUUCAGUACAUCUCUACUGUUGCCAGCUGAAAAUCAGGGAGCCAUCCUUUCCCGACCGCAGAAAGAUCUUGCAGAUGUUUUAUCUCUAUUACACCCAAGAACUGCAUUUGCGUUCUGUCUCUUUCCCAUGCUCCCUAAUCAACUUUUCUCCUUACAUGGGCUGCAUGAGGCGCCUGCGCAAGCUUUUCCUCACUGAAAUCUGGGAAAAUGACUUUAUGAUUGUAAAGAUGAGACAGAAGAUCAUCACCCAGUUCACCUUGGAGUUCCUUAAUAUGGAGUGCCUCCAGGAGCUGCAUGUGAAUACUGUCCCCUUCCUAGAAGGCCACCUGGCUGAGAUGCUCAG